AUGUCGUUUCUGCCGUUCCCCCUCUUCCCCGCCUUCUCGGCCCCUUCCCCUCCUCCGUCGCCGAUCGAGGAGGUCCUAUCCGACGAUUACCUUCUCUCGCUCGUGCUGCGGUCGAUCACGCGCGACUCAUUCCAUUACGCGCUUGUCUCCAAGCGAUGGUACGCCGCAGCGCGGAUCUCUCUCGCGCACCUCACAAUCAAAUCUGACAUCCGAUGUUCCGUUCUUCUAGACACGAUUCGCACAUUUUCCUCGCUCACGCACCUCGAGCUUCAAAGGUGUCGCGUUCUGUAUCCGAACGGCGAUGCUCUCUUCCAAUGCCUGGGCGCCACGUGUCCGCAUUUAACACAUUUAACCGUGGACUGCCAGUUUCGCAUGCCCGUCUCUUGCAACAACCUCUCGACUCUCUUCCACGGCUGUCGCAAGCUCCGCCACCUCCGCCUGCUCACACUCCACCACCUCCCGCACCUCCCGCCCGACGUCACCCUCCUCUCCGACCUCAGAACUCUCCAUCUCUGCCGCUGCGAAGGCUACAACGGCUCGAAUGCCAAUAACGGUGGGGAUCAACUCGAGCAUCUCAUCGCGCCGCCGGAGAGCAUCGGCGCGCUGCAGCGGCUGCAGGAGCUGCGCGUGGCAGCAGGGUCGGCGUUCCAAGGUCUCCCCGAUUCCAUCGGCAGCCUCACCAACCUCCAAAGCUUGACCUUCGCCAACCCUUCUCUCUCUGACCUCCCCACCUCCAUUGGUCGCUUACCGCAUCUGCAAACCCUAGGGAUCGAAAUGGAGAAGUUAGAGUGGAUCCCGGAUUCCUUCCAGCACCUCACCCGCCUUCGUUCCUUGUCGCUGCACUCCAAGUGUUUGACGCGCGUGCCCGAGCAUGUGAUGGGGGCGAUGCUGCGAUUGAAGGCGCUUUCUCUCUGUUGCGAGUCCCUCCAGAGCCUGCCGGACACCAUCUGCUCCCUCCCCCUCUCCUCUCUCUCCCUCUCAUGCCCUAAAAUCACCUCCCUUCCCGAUAAUCUUGGAGCCCUCAUACAGCUGGAAACCCUACAACUCCAGAGUCUUCCCUACCUUAGGUGUGUGCCCGAGAGCAUGGGAGACCUUCAGCGAUUGAGAUCGCUGGAAAUCAACCAGCUGGGCCUGCUGCGGCAGCUGCCCGAAAGUCUAUGCACGGGGAGUGUGAGACACAGCCUUGAGAAGCUGUACCUGCGCGACUGCGGCGAACUGAAGCAGCUGCCGGCCCAGAUGGCCAUGCUGACGCGCCUGCAAGAGCUCGAAAUCACCUGGUGCUCUCUCCUCAAGUCCGUAGAGCCAUUGCUUGCUCCGCAUCCCCAACUGGGUGUGACCGCCUCCCUGGCUCCUGACCUUGAACCUCGCCCUCCUCUUGACCCUGCUCCUGCUUCUGCCACUGUCGCUCCUACAGCCACUGCUGCCGGCCCCACCAGUGCUUGCAGUACCACGUCCAACACGUCCAGCGAACCACAGGCACAGCCACAGCCACAGCCGCAGCCGCAGCCGCAGCCGCAGCCGCAGCCGCAGCCGCAGCACGGUGAGGAGCAGCGCAGUGCACAGCAGCCGUGGGGCCUGGCGUCUCUCACCAGCCUUUCACUGUGCGCCUGCUCACGAAUCACUUCUCUCCCUGAUUCCCUCUCCACGCUCUCUGCCCUCUCUUCCCUCACCCUCACCCACAUGAACCGCCUCCCCAGCCUGCCAGAGCCCCUUGGACAGCUGGAAAACCUCAGGGUCCUGAAGCUCCAACACAUGGAAAAGUUAUCUGUGCUGCCCAAGUCACUCGGGCAGCUAAAACACCUCGAAACGCUGGAGCUGUGCUAUUUACCUGAGCUGAACUCUCUGCCCGGGUCACUCCGUUGGCUGCCAAAGCUGAAAGAGCCCUUGCUGAUUGAUGUGGGGAGGGUGACAGAGUGGUGGUGGAUUGACUACCUCCCAUCUGUUCGGUCCGCCAGAAUGCGCCUAAUGAUUCACUGA